AUGCGUCGGGAAGGAUGGCAGCGAGGGUGGGUGCGCGUGUACGACCGCGAGCUGGUCGACCCGGAAGGCAAGCGCCACGCCGUGCACGCCGUGGAGGGGCCGGCGGUGGCCAACGGCGGGUUCAUCAGGGCGCCGCGGAAGCCGACCAACCAGUCCAAGUCCGGCGGCCUCCGCGCGCUCGGCAGGAGCGGCAUCACGCAGGAGGAGGAGGAGGAGCCGCAGACCCUUCCGCCGACGAUGGCCGGGCGCUUCGGAUACUACUACUCAACAGGAUGGCAGUCGCCGUUCAAGUACGAGUCUGCCAUGUACAAGGAAGUGGAGAUCCGUCCGGCGGCGGCAGCGCGCUUCGGGGGAAGAUCGUCGUGCAAGGCGGGGCGCAAGUUCAGGCACGACGUUGUCAAGAAGUACUACCUCGACGCGGCCGACGUCCUCGACGGGCAGCUCAAUUAUCUUCGUGACUUCGAUUCAUGAGCACUCAGAACGGAGGUGCAUUGUCCCUAUGCCAGCAGAACGGAGGUGCUCGAUCCAGUGAUGUAGUAUCUAAUUUUUUUUGCUGGAUGUGCAGACCGCACAGGUUGGGGUGGAUGUGAGUUUUUUUUUCCUUGCGAAUGUAAUAAAAAUGAGGCUUCAGUUCGUCUUAAAAUGACACUCCCAAGAUAC